ACCAAGUCAGAGGGACGUUCAAGCACGAGAAGCUACACUUCGAAAUCUAACAAAGACUAGCCGAUUGGCGCUUUUGGGCAAACUGGCGCAGUUCGAUUUGAGGUGUUGAACGUUUCAAACGAAUAUAGAAAGUGUUUUUAAGUGCUCAGAGAAAAAAUUCCCUUGCAAAUUGUUUUGUGCAUAAAGGAUUACCAAUUACGUAUGUAUGUAUGUACAUACAUAAUUUAUUUCAAUCAAAAUCAGUUGAGCUCAAAUUUAAGAAAAUUUUCUAUUUUGCUUUCGGUUGCAUAUUAUAAAGUUCUAUCCAGCAAAAAAAUUAUUUUAUAAAAAAUUAUAAUGAUUCAAAAAGUUUUCGGUUUGUUCUUGGCGUUGAUUGCCGCUGCCAAUGCAUUGAAGACACCUGUAACGAUUUACUAUGAAUCACUCUGUCCAGACAGCGCAAAUUUCAUAAGCGAGCAAGUGUAUCCAGCAGUUAACGGCGAGCUACAAGACUACAUAGAUCUCAUAUGGGUGCCAUUUGGUAAAGCUAAUUUCACCCCACAAGGAGACGAUGUGAUCUUCACCUGUCAGCACGGUCCUGACGAAUGCUAUGGCAAUAAAGUGCACGCGUGUGCCAUCGAACAUAUACAGACCGACUCCAACCAAACCGAAUCCACCAGAGAAUCGUCGACAUUGGAGUUCAUCAAUUGUAUGAUGAAAGCGGGCAGGAAUUUCGAUGACAAUGUAUAUCCGGGGGUGCGGUGUGCACGUGAAAGCAACGUUAGAAACUGGGAGAAUAUCCAACAAUGCGCCAACUCCACCGAGGGUAGUCAUUUGCUCAAGAAACAAGGGGAGAUAACCCAAAACUUCCAAAAUCCAAUCAGCUUUGUGCCAACUGUUGAUUUUAAGCAGCACUAUGAUGCAGAGGAAAAUUAUGCCGCCCUAACUAACUUCGUGGAGGUUUCCUGUAAAUAUAUUCCAAAACCGCAGCCUGAAGUGUGUGCCGCUUACAACUCUGCUGUCGCCACUACUCUCAAACGCUUUUUAACCUUAAUAACUUAUUUGUUGCUGCGCUUAGUUUAGAGCGUUGAGAGUGCCGGUAUUUAGUUUCGGUCAGAAAAAAAACAAAGUUUUUGAAUAAUUUUGAAAUGCCAAGGAACUUUAACUACUUAUUUGUCCAGACAAAGUAGCAGAACUUUUUGCAUUCUGAAACUAUAUUUGACAUAAAUCGUAUUUGACUUUUUUCAACAAUAUUUUUAUGUAUUUGAAAGGUGAAAUACAUCAACUUAAGUAUUUGUAAAUGAA